AUGAUCCUUGCGGGGAAUCAGACCGCGCGUCAGCUGUGGCUCGCGGCACGCGACCUCUUCACCGCGAACAAGGCGAACAAAGCCAUCUACCUUGACAAUGACUUUCGCCAGCUUGUGCAGGGAUCUCUCUCCAUCCACGAGUAUUGUCGCCGCCAGAAGCACCUCGGCGAUGCGCUCUUCGACAACGACUCUCCCAUGAGCGACCGCGUCCUCGUCCUCAACACCCUGCGCGGCCUCGGCCCUCGCUUCGCCUCCGCCGCCACGGUCAUCUCCAUGACCGACCCGCUGCCCACCUUCCUCCGCACCAGGGCCAUGCUCCUGAUGGAGGAGAUGCAGCAGGCCAACGCGGCGGCCACCUCCGCCAACACCGCCCUCGUCGCCCAGGCCCGCGGCCCCGCCUCUUCAUGCCCCGGCCCCGGCUGCCGCGGUGACGGUCCCGCCCCCGGUGCGGGGCGCCGGGAAAGGCAAGCAGCCGGCCAAGCAGAAGGGCCGCACUGGCGGACACCAGGGUGGAGGCGCCACCCAGGGCACCCAGCCCGCCCGCGCGCCGGCCCUGACCGGCCCGUGGGUCUGCUUCUCUCCGGGUGCUGGCCAGUGGCGCGCCCCCUCCUCUGGACAGGGCAUCCUGGGCCCUCGGCCCCAGGCCUACACCGCCACCGCGCCGUCGACCUCAGCGACCACAUGGGACAGCUCGGCUCUCAUCGCCGCCCUCAACAACCUCGCGCUUCAGCAAGGUGGUUGGGUCAUGGACUCAGGCGCGUCCUCACACAUGACCAACGACGAUGGACCUGAAGACCCGUCGCGUGAUUCUUCGUUGCAAUAGUGACGGAGAUCUCUACACCUUUCCCGGGAGGAGCAGUUUUCGCCGUUCCUCCUCCACCGCUUUGGUCGUCACCGCCACCGCCGAGCUAUGGCACCAGCGUCUUGGCCAUCCUGGGCAUGAUGCCAUGUCGGCUCUUCAGCGUCUAGAUUUUAUCAAGUGUAAUAAAUUUAGUCGUACUCGGGUGUGUCAUGCAUGUCAACUUGGCAAGCACGUCCGUUUACCGUUUCGUCAGUCUACUACCGCGUCUAGUGCCAUCUUCGAUUUGAUACAUUGUGAUUUGUGGACAUCUCCAAUUAU